AGGGGCGGUAUAAACAGGCAGGCUGCCUGAUUGCGGAUGCCAUUCAGCGGCUAAAUACCCACUACAAAGGGAACCGCAUUGGAAUACUACAGUAGAGAGACCAAGUACUGCUGAAAGAAAAUCAAUUCAAACCUCCUAGACAUGAGAUGAAGAGAACCGGGGAAUUGUGAGGUCGGAUUCAUUUUGUAUUCACUGAAAUUCUCUGUCACCGCUUUACUACUGCCGAGCUCAGUCAUGGAAAAAUUAAAAUACAAAUAAAUAAAAAAAAAUACAAAAAAACCCAAACAUAUUCUAUACUGUAAAUAAUUAGCAUUAAAUGCCAGUAAAUUGUGGACUGACUUUCGGAAGGCUUGGUAAGCUUGUAGGCCUUUUUGAGUCCUGACGUUUUCCUGAUGUCACUCUUUCUGACAGAGGACAGCAGUUCAUAGGAAGAACCGAUUCACCACGACCCGCGUCCCGCAGCUGGACCUGCAGUGAAACAGCGACGUCUGGUGGGACAAAUUAACCAUGACAGGAGUGUGUGGGUGCUGUGGGGCCCUAAGACCCCGAUACAAGAGACUAGUGGACAACAUCUUCCCUGAGGACCCCGAGGAUGGUCUUGUUAAAGCCAACAUGGAGAAGCUGACCUUUUAUGCUCUGUCUGCUCCAGAGAAACUGGACCGCAUAGGAGCCUACCUCUCCGAAAGACUGUCCCGGGAUGUAGCAAGACAUAGAUAUGGGUAUGUCUGCAUCGCUAUGGAAGCUCUGGACCAGCUGUUAAUGGCAUGCCACUGCCAGAGUAUCAACCUGUUUGUAGAGAGCUUUCUGAAGAUGGUGCGUAAGCUGCUGGAAGCUGAUAAACCAAACCUGCAGAUCCUGGGCACCAACUCGUUUGUGAAGUUUGCCAAUAUUGAAGAGGACACACCCUCCUACCACCGGAGCUAUGAUUUCUUUGUAUCCCGAUUCAGUGAGAUGUGCCACUCUAGUUACGAGGACCCUGACAUCCGCACAAAGAUCCGGAUGGCUGGGAUCAAAGGCCUGCAGGGUGUAGUGCGGAAGACUGUCAAUGACGAGCUGCAGGCCAACAUCUGGGACCCUCAACACAUGGACAAGAUCGUUCCAUCACUGCUCUUCAACCUGCAGCAGGGAGAGGGGACUGACAGCCGCUCCCCUUCUCCCCUGCAGUCCUCAGAGAAGGAGAAGGAGAGCCCAGCUGAGCUGACGGAGAGGUGUUUCCGGGAGCUGUUGGGCCGUGCAGCCUACGGGAACAUCAAGAACGCCGUCAAACCUGUCCUCAUGCACUUGGAUAAUCACUCACUGUGGGAGGGCAAAGUUUUUGCUGUCCGCUGCUUUAAAAUCAUCAUGUAUUCCAUACAGUCCCAGCAUUCCCACUUGGUCAUUCAGCAGCUCCUGGGACACCUUGAUGCAAACAGCAAGAAUGCUGCCACAGUACGUGCUGGGAUAGUGGAGGUACUGUCUGAGGCAGCUGUUAUUGCAGCCAGUGGCUCUGUAGGCCCCACUGUGCUGGAGGUGUUCAACACUUUGCUCAGACAGCUCAGGCUGAGUAUAGACUACGAGCUCACUGGCUCCUAUGACUCCUGCAUUAAUAUCGGCUCCAAGAUUAUCAAGGAACACGAAGAGCGCCAGUUCCAGGAGGCUGUCAUCAAAACCAUCGGGUCUUUUGCCAACACUCUUCCCACCUACCAGAGGUCUGAGGUGAUGCUGUUUAUCAUGGGGAAGAUUCCUCUGCCUGAGGUCCAUCCCGCUCUGGGUUCUGCCAAAUCAGGGUUCGAGGGGAGCAGGAUGAUCCAGAUGAUGCUGCUCAAGUCCCUGCUGCAGGUGACCACAGGGUUCCAGACCACCAACAUGCUCACAGCACUGCCUAGCUCUUUCCUCGACCCCCUGCUCUCAAUCACACUCAUGGAGGAUGCAGAAAUACGCCUUCUGGUACUGGAGAUUCUGGUCAGCCUCAUUGAUCGCCAUGACAACCGGACCAAGUUCCCAACCAUCAACAUUAUCUCUGAUAUAUCUGUGCUCAAGUUAAAGGUAGACAAGUGCUCCAGACAAGACAACCUCUUCAUGAAAAAGCAUUCCCAGCAGCUGUACCGGCACAUCUUCCUGGCUUGUAAAGAAGAAAAUAGCCAGUGGCCACACUUCGAGGCUCUCUAUGCCCUGCUGGCAGUCAUCAGCAUGGAGCUCGCCAAUGAGGAGGUGGUGGUGGAUCUGAUCAGACUGGCCCUGGCAUUACAGGAGCUGGCCCUGAUGAAUGACGAGGGCCUGCCAGUGUUUAACCGCUGUGCUGUUCACGCUCUCUCUGCCGCCUACCUGAACCUGAUCAGCCAGCUAACCACUGUUCCUGCCUUCUGCCAGCACAUCCACGAGGUUAUUGAGAUGCGUCAGAAGGAAGUCCCCUAUUUGUUGCCAGAGGAUGUGUUCAUAGAGAAACACAGUGUUCCCAAGACUCUGGAGAAGCUUGAGGGAGAAGUGUUGUUUCUGCAAAGCAAAAUCAGUGAGGUGCUUGGAGGCAGUGGCUACAAUGCAGACAGGCUGGCUACCCCAUACAUACCCCAGCUUACAGAAGAGGACCGUCUGUCAAAGAGAAAGAGUAUCGGAGAGACCAUCUCCCUGCAAGUUGAGGUGGAGUCCAGGAACAGUCCUGAGAAGGAGGAGAGAACUCCAGCUGAGGAGAUUACAUUUGAAACACUGAAGAAAGCUAUUGUAGACAGUGUGGGGAUGGAGGAGCAGGAGAGAGAGCGCCGACGACAGGUUGUCGAGAAGUUCCAAAAGGCUCCCUUUGAGGAGAUAGCUGCCCACUGUGGUGCCAGGGCGACUUUACUGCAAAGCAAGCUGAAUCAAAUCUUUGAGAUAACCAUAAGGCCUCCUCCCAGUCCAUCAGGCACCAUCACUGCAGGGUAUGGGCAGACCCAGAGCCGCUCUGUCCCCGUCUAUGAGAUGAAGUUCCCCGACCUCUGUGUCUACUAGCAGCCCUGCAUGACGGGACAGGAUGGACCCUCCCACAGCAAUGUGACAACAUGACACAAUCUGAGACAAAGUUAGGGAGGUGUGGGGAGGGGGUGCAGCGAUUUUAUCUUAUGAACAUCUGUCCAAACACUGUUCUAGUUAUUUUGUCUGUUGUUGUUUACCUGACAUGUUUAAAAGAAAGAUGCCUUUUCCAUUAAAUGCUCCAUAAUUCAGUUUUGGGGGAUAGUACCCACUUGUAUCCAAAUUUAACCAUCGCUGCAGCUCCUCUCAGAAGAAAGAGAAGUCCCAGCUCUGCAGUUAAUUCAAAGACUCGGUGAAGUAACUUGUGACAGUGCCAUUCGACUGCAUGUGAUAAUGCCACUAUCCUAAACACUGUGCCCUGGAACCAACAGGAACUCAUUCUGCUUAUAGCAAAACAAAGAACUUUACGGAAAGCACUACAUUAUGUUAAUUCUCGUUUGGGUGGAUAAAGUAUAAAGAUGUGAAUACAAUACAUAGAAUUUGAGAAAUGGCUUCAGAUUUUAGAACCGGGAGUGUGUAGAUGGGUAACUUCGGGCAAUCUGCACACAUUCACAAACAGUGGCAGUUGUUUCACGGUGCUUGGCAAUAAUCGGUUUGAUACUAGCUAUGUAAUUGUGUUUUAAUAUUCUUAUUUAUGGUUUCCAGAACCAUAAUUCACUAUUUUCUUUCUUACUUGGGUGACUAUUUUAACUCUGUUGGCUUGAGAUUAGUUUAGGUAUAUAAGAUGUCUGUCUUUAUGUACAUAAGUACAGUAUGUCAUGCUUAUAUUUGUGUAUUUACUGUGUAUAGCUAUUGGCUCUGACAUACAGAAUGUCCACUCCCUCUCAACAGCUAAGAAACAGCCACAUUUCUAAUGGCAGAGUAAAUCUGUCCUUUAAAACAAAAUGUUGUAAUUCAUUGUCACAUUGUACAGCCACACAUACUUAAGGUCUGCAGUCCUGUAGGACAGUGCUUUUGGGCAAUAAGUUGUACCUUUGUAAUUAGGUAAACGCUUAUCAUCUGCUCUGUGAUAGUCUUUUAAGAGAAUGUGCCAUGCUAUGGCAACAGAUAGAUGCCAAAACACUUGGUUCAGCUCACACUUAAGGAUAGAUUAAAUAUACUUUGAGUAAUAUUUUAGGGUUCAUACCCUAGUUAAAUGCAAGUAAGUAAUAAUGCAAAUAAUGCUUCUUUCCUGAUACAGAUUUAUUGGUAGUUUUUAAGAGCUAGAAGGGACUGUAAGAAAGCCAUUUUGCAUAAAGAUGUUGGCGUGGUUGUGAGUAAGCAUGUUUACAUCUGUUCAAGAGCAUGUAUUUGUGUGCCGGUGUGUUCCUGCCAAGUGGGCAUGGAAGUGUACAUAUGAAUUGUGUGCAUUGGGUAUGCAAGUGAGUGCAUGUCUGGGUAUUAUAACCUCUGACGAUCCUCAUUUAUUUUAGGUUUUAAUUUGUGCAAGAGACAAUAGAAAACCUUUAAUGCAAAACACUUGACUGUGAGAGUUCUCUUCAGUUUUUAUAGUCUUUAACAUUACCGAGCAUCACUUUUGGAAAACUUGAUUGUUCUUCUGAACCACUUAAAGAAGCAACCUCAGAAUGCUUUAGAAUCGUACUUUAAUUUAAGCAACAGGCUGUGUGAGAUUGUGGAUAUUUGUGAGUCUGCAGUAUACACUGUAAGCAAGUGCUUCUGUGUCUUGUUCUUGUAUAUGUUUCUGAUUUUAUGUUUUUGUAUUUGUAGCUGUAAGUGUGUGUGUUUUUCAACUGCGGAUAAAGGUUAUUGAAGACACCUUCAUCCUCCUAGUUACAACAUAGAAGGUCAUACUCAUUAAGGACCAUCACGUCAGUAAAUUCACAGAACUGCACUUGUAUGCUAGUGCUAUUAAUAAGAAAAUGGAGAGAGACAGAUGGCAGUACAGGAGGAUAGAGUAUGGGUUAUGGGUGGAAUCUCUCUGCUUUUAGCUGCUGAUAAUGUUACAGUUCAGUAUUUUAAGUACCUCUUUUACUUUCAUUGUAUUCAGUGUUUAGAGUUUAGAAUGUUAUGAAUGUAACGUAACAAUGUAAGCUAAAGCUGUCUCCCCAUUGCCGACUGAAUAUUAAGCCCUAAAAAUAUUAUUAUUAUUAUUUUAAUUUUUUUAUGACUAAUAUUUAAGCCAUUUAACAUUAUUUGUAUUUUAUUUGGGGCAGGGUGGUGUGGGGCGGGCGGGGGGGUUGAUACAUCGUUCACAUGUAGAUUUUAACAUUUGCGUACAUUUUAAAAAAAUAAAGAUAUUUUGAAACUUUUGAAAUGUUAACAACGAGGUGAUUUUCUUGCACUGGGGGGCAGUGAGAUAGCUGUGCCACUGGCUGUCUUCAUGGGCUAUGUUCCCAUGGAUGCAAUGUUACUGAUACUGACACUGAAAUAGAUGUGAAAAUGUUUCACAGAACUGUACUGUACAACUAGCAUUAAGCCUGCACACCAAGUUUAGCAUGUGCAUGAACAGAUUGUCACUGAAUCACAAUGGCACUCUGGCAUGUAUAGAACUAGGCCUGAUUGCAAGUCAUUGUUUUCAUAGUACUCUACUACUGAAACAUAAUGGCAAAUGGGUACAUAUAAAAACCAGGGGUCAGCAUUUCUAAGGGUAUACAAAUCUGAACUAUCCUAUUGUUAUGGUUAAAUAUACAUUUUCUUAGUUAUAUAUUUGCUAAUUGUUUUGCCUGCCCUAUAAUAGAAGUUCCGAGAGACCAUCUCAAACAUGCAACAAAGUCACGCUCCCUUAACUUACCACAGUAUACUGUAACCAGUUUUGUUGCAUUCCCUACCCAACACCUCUCCCCAUCUUUGCCCUUUCAGCUACUCCUUGGUCUAAAUGAUGUUUCUAAACAAAAGGAGCAUUCUCUUUGAUUACAUUGUUAAAGAAUACAUUAAAUAGGUUUGAGGGAAAAGUUAAUGUUGGGUUUUAACUACUGAAAUACAGUACAGUGCACUCCAUUUAUAAGAAUUACUGAUAUAAGAAUCAACUACAUAUAGUGAUCAAAACCACUGGGACAAAAUCAUUCCUAUACUAACCAUGCUAAAAUACUCUGCUUGUAAGAAUGAAGCAAUCCGCUUAUAAGAAUAAUUUCAGGGCAAACUGACUGCAUGUAAUACGAUACUGUAUCAAGUGCAAUGACGUGUACAGCCAAUAAAGCUGUUUUUGAAUUUGAUCACAUCUCGCAUGAUUAGGCACGGAUACAGCGUGUGCAGUAUAAUCCCUGGUCCGCAGUGACUCCUAGUAGAAAAAAAGCAAGUCGUGCAGUUUAUGUGUGUCGACAUGGCAGGAAAAAGAAAGACGAGCGACUGCAUUGUACAGGUAUUUUGUGUGUUCUCUGUUAGUGAAAAUGUAUUUUAUUAAAGUGAAUACACAUUCAUUGAAUACAUACUGAGUACAGCAGUGUUAUAGUGUGAUAUGCAUGUAGAGGAAGGGGGAUUGCAGAGCUUUGCAUCUCUGCUUGGUUUAAAACUGUGAGAUUUGCAUCACUACUGAAAAUAAGUAAGCCACAGAUGCUGUAAUGCAGUGGUAGUCCUGAUAGUAAAAUACUGUGCUGUAAUGUCAUUUUAAUUCAAAAGGCCAUUACAUGUAACACCAUACAGCAGUUAAACUAGGCACCCUCACGAGACGAUCGCUUCUCAAGUAUACUGUAGUAAAAUAGGAUUCUGCAGCCUUGAGUAAACAUGAUCAUGAUCAUGUAACAAGUUGCUUACACACUGCUUACACACUCCUCAGUGACUGAGCACCAUUGACAUUUGUAUACUGUAUUUAAACUGCUGAUGUGCGGAGGCACGCUUUUGCUAAUUGUAAUCCUAUCGGUCUGCUUUUAAGAAUCAACCACUUAUAAGAAUCAAAUCAACCGGGACAGAUGUGAUUCUUAUAAAAGGAGUGCACUGUAAUAGGAUUUGCUUAUACACUUACCAUGCUGGUCAGCCAUCUGUGUUUCAGAAAAUAUUUGCUCAUGGAGACCAGCAUUAAUACCAGCAUUGUGAAGGUGUGAUGCUGCGUCUACCUAAAAUGGUGCCUAUGAAAACAUUGCCUCAGUGACUCAGUUUCAGGCCUAGGGCUGUACUAGGGAUGGGCACGUGUAAUUGUUUAGAAACAUUACUAAUCGUAUAAUCUAUCUUGUAUUGCAACAAAUAUAAAUGGUAUGAAUAGACCCAUUAACCACACUAAGCCUGCCGCUUGACAGUUAAAAAACAGGCAAUCUUAAGUGCAGGGUGAUACCAAUACUGUAACUAUGGGUAACGGUGGUGGUUGAAAUGCACCAUUGCCCGUAUUAAAAACUACAUUUAAUUGUUCAAUUUAAUUAAUACAAAAGAAGUAUUUUACAAAAAAAAUAGAUAAUAUACAAUGCUAUAUUAUCUGCGGUCAUGGUAUAAUUAUUUAUACUUCAACUGCUGUGGUUAAUAUUAAUAAGUAAGGCUGAGAUGUUGCAUCGAUUUGUGUAUCGAUAGUCAAGCCUGUGAUUCGUUUUUGUGUAAAGGGUUUAAGCAAAGGAAAGCUUUUAUUUUUUAUUACAUUUGGAAUCGGUUAUUAUUUUUUGCAUUAAGCGUGGAGCUUCUCUGCUCCCCUCAGGUCUGACUCACUGAAUCUGCAUGUGAUUGAGCUCACCUUCUCCCCCUGCCCUAUCCCCCUGUUACUGAUGAUAUUGGAUCUGUGCAGGAGACUUCAAAGUAACAGAGCAAGUUAAGAGCGUUGUGCUAGGAUUACAAAUACUGUGUCGACUGAGCUACAAUGCCUUCCAAUGUUUGGCAAUUAUUUUCUAAAGAAAGUAAAGCAGAUAAAGUAAUGCUUGGACAACUAAUUUGUGUGACCAUUUAAUGACAUGGCACCCUACAAAACUUCAAAGAAAAUCCCCCCCCCCCCCCCCCCCCCCCAAGUAAAAAUGAAGAAAAACAACCAAGGUCGUUCCAAAAGCUGUAUCUUUGGUCAGAAGUAUUAAGCAUCCCGGCAACGUCAGCCCCUAGUGAGCAGGUAUUCAGUAAUGCUGGGCAGAUUGUAAGCAAGUGCCAGUCAUUGCUAAAUUAAAACAGAAUGUGGACACUAUCAUGUCCCUUAACACAAUUCAAAUAUAGGCCAUGGACAACACUCUUGUUACUAAACUGCUGUUGACAGUGAUAACUUUUUUAAUUUUUUUUUUUCUCUCUCUUGAUUACUCUGAUGCAUUUAAACAACUUUUUUUUUUCUUUGACCCCCAACUGGUACAAAUCAACAUAAACAAGAUAAAAAAACGAUAAUUAAAAUAAUGUUAUAUAUUUUUUUGUGAGUAUAUGCAUAAACUGAUGUAAUCAAUGUAAUAUGCAUAAUAGUUUUUAAAGUGUUACUAGCAAUAUUACACAGUAAUCCACAGCUCCACAUGUAUUACUUCGUUUUUUUGUUUUUACCCUUCAUAAUGUCGAUUAAUAGAUGCAGCAGCUUUUUUGGAGAGCGAUAUAUCGAUAGUGAAAAAUUAGGCAUCGCCCCAACCUUAUUAAUAAGCAAGCCAAUACCAAACAGAACAUGAAGAGAUCCAAUAAACUGUUCAAAAAUUAUUACAUAUCACUGAUAAGUCUUGAACAAUGGUAAACAAAUUGCAUUUUAUUAAAGGUUAACAUCCAUUGGUUUUUUAUUGUACAAAAACAAACAGUUAUUGCAAAUCUACUCAAGCAGAAUAUACUAGUCAGCUAGUUUAACAUUACAGUAUAGUUGCACAAUAAUUUAGGCUACUGAUUUUCCAUUCUGGGGAAUAGCAAGUUCUGUUGUAUUUAUAAUUAAUCAUUGCAUUUGAACAUAAAUAUAAUGUUGAUAGUUAAAAUAAGUAAAUUAAAAAAUAUUACCACAAUGCUUUAUUUUAUUUUAUUAAAGCCAAGAGUUGCAAUCAGACUCUUGUUAGUGUAAUAGUAAGUAAAGCACCUAAAGACACUUCAGACAUGUUGUAAUAUUUAUAAAUAAAAUUUGACUCAUUGCUGGCAUUGAAAUAAGCAGGAAAACUUAAUUAUAUUGCAACAGUUCAAAAAACAAAUGUCCAGCACUGUUGUGAGAGUUUAGUCUACAAAUUAAGGUGUUUUAAAAAGACCUGUUUAGCUUAUUGCUGGCAUUACAAUAACAAUAAACCAAUAUUAAACAGUCCAGCAAUGUCACGUGAGAGUAUCCUAUUUACAGUACUCAACAAAUGUAGUCUAGCGUUUUACUGGCAUUACAAUAACCAGGAUAAUAUAUUAAACACUUAGAUAAAAAAAGGCGUGUUGACAUAGAACAUAAGAAUAUAAGAAAGUUUACAAACGAGAGGAGGCCAUUCGGCCCAUCUUGCUCGUUUGGUUGUUUGUAGCUUAUUGAUCCCAGAAUCUCAUCAAGCAGCUUCUUGAAGGAUCCCAGGUUGUCAGCUUCAACAACAUUUCAUGGGAGUUGGUUCCAGACCCUCACAAUUCUCUGUGUAAAAAAGUGCCUCCUAUUUUCUGUUCUGAAUGCCUCUUUAUCUAACCUCCACUUGUGACCCCUGGUCCUUGUUUCUUUUUUCAGGUCGAAAAAGUCCCUUGGGUCGACAUUGUCAAUACCUUUUAGAAUUUUGAAUGCUUGAAUCAGAUCGUCGCAUAGUCUUCUUUGUUCAAGGCUGAAUAGAUUAAAUUAUCUAAGCCUGUCUGCAUAGGACAUGCAUUUUAAACCCGGAACUCUUCUUUGCACUCUUUCUCGAGCAGCAAUAUCCUUUUUGUAGCGAGAUGACCAGAACUGAACACAAUAUUCUAGGUGAGGUCUUACUAAUGCAUUGUAGAGUUUUAACAUUACUUCCCUUGAUUUAAAUUCAACACUUCUCACUAUAUAUCCGAGCAUUUUGUUGGCUUUUCUUAAAGCUUCCCCACAUUGUCUAGAUGAAGACAUUUCUGAGUCAACAUAAACAUAAGGUCUUUUUCAUAGAUUCCUCCUUCAAUUUCAGUAUCUCCCAUAUGAUAUUUAUAAUGCACAUUUUUAUUGCCUGCAUGCAAUACUUUACAGUUUUCUCUAUUAAAUGUCAUUUGCCAUGUGUCUGCCCAGUUCUGAAUGCUGUCUAGAUCAUUUUGAAUGACCUUUGCUGCUGCAACGGUGUUUGCCACUCCUCCUAUUUUUGUGUCGUCUGCAAAUCUAACAAGUUUGCUUACUAUACCAUAAUCUAAAUCAUUAAUGUAGAUUAGGAAUAGCAGAGGACCUAAUACUGAUCCCUGUUGUACUCCAUUGGUUACCUCGCUCCAUUUUGAGGUUUCUCCUCUAAUCAGUACUUUCUGUUUUCUACAUGUUAACCACUCCCUAAUCCAUGUGCAUGCAUUUCCUUGAAUCCCUACUGCGUUCAGUUUGAGAAUUAAUCUUUUAUGCAGGACUUUCUCAAAAGCUUUCUGGCUUACAGUUAUCCAUUGUCUAUGUUGUAUCCUCAAAAAAGUCAAGUAGGUUAGUUAGACACAAUCUCUAGACAGAAUUAAUGUCUUUAUGAAACAAAAUGGUGUGUAGUGUUGUGACUACAUCCUUUACACAGUAAAGCGAUCAGUUUUCUUUAAGGAAUGUAUACCGGUAGCUAUAGCUUUCAGCUAAUUUCUUCAUCAUCACGUAAUAUUAUUUAAUUAAGAAACGGUCAUGGUUUAACUUUGCUAAUUAUAGCUUUAUUAAAUGCAGGUAGAGUGGAAAGAAAGAAAUUAAACAAUAAUUAAAUACUUAAUUCAUGUAGUUUACUUACUUCAAGAAAGCACCGGCUUGUGUGCAGUACCUUAGCUGUAAGUUCAACAGAAGAAUGCAGUGCUUUGCAUUUGUUGCCAUCUUUUUUGCUUUCUUGGCGGAAACCGUGCAUGCUUGGGAUUGGUGGCUGUUGCACCCGGGGGCGUGGCCUGGAUGCAGGGAUAAGUAACGGGCUGCUGAGACAAACAAGCUGUUGCUGGAAUAAGAAGAACAUAGAUAAAGAUUGGAGAGAAGCGGGACUAAAAAACAGCCAGACGACCAGAGACUGCACUUAGUUGGCUGUAGCACAAGGACUUUCUUUUAUUUAAUUUUAUUAUUUUGUCACAGUCUGAGUAACACUACGCUGCUGAGCUGUAGUUGUACUACUGGCUGGGAAAGCAGCACGCUUUACCUGUCAAGUGUAGAGUCCCUGCUUAAUGAACUGCUGCAUUCUAGAAUUUUCAAAACCUGUGUGAACCGCUUUCAUUUCCACGCAACACUACAUUGGUGUACAGAAGUGGGAUUAUGGACCGGACACUGCAGGAAAUGGUGAUGAGGAUCUGGGCGGGGAUGGAGAUGACACCGUCCCAGAAAGGGUUGAAAGGCCAGGAUGGAGUGAUCUCCGGGAGCUGGCUGUGAUGAGAGGGAUGCGGCUGUAGUGGGAGCCGGGUGCCGCGGAGAGUGAGCAGACAUGGACAGUCAGCACCGAGGGACGAGAGGAACACUCGAGCUGGGACAGCCUGAGAGGCCAAGGGAAAGUGACCUCGGGAUUGCUGAGAGACCAGGUUGCCAAAGUGCGGUCGAACGAGAAGCAGCCACGGGGGAAACAGGACCCAGGGGGAGGCGAACAGCAAAGGCAGCUGGUAUGGAGCGACUGGGGACGGAGGAGUGACCGCACCUGAGUGGAGGUGAAGUGGUGGCGCCUGCAAAGAGCGGCGGGACAAGAGAGAGUCCUCCUGGGGUACCGCUGGCAAGUCGAGGGACUUGUGGGCCGACGGCUGUGGGAAAAAUGGGCAGGAGCGGAGGAGGGAUCCAUGUAAAGCCGCCCAAAUUCAAUGGCAAGAAUGACUGGGAGGCUUUCCAGUUGCGCAGUUGGGGGGCUGGGCUGAGGGGGAGAAAGCCUUCCAGUUGGCGGCGGGCUUGACAGAGGAGGCCUUGCCAUGUCUAUUUACCCUGGCACUGGGGCAGAGGCUGGACUAUGGGGCAUUGACUACAUUACCUACAGCCCGGGCUGCUCCACAACGAACUCCGGAGUCGAAGCAGGAAGCCGGGGGAGCCACUGAGGGCACUAGCAGCAUCGCACUGCAUAGCGCCACUGCUACAGCCACUGUCAGCUAGGGGAACAUGACAAUAAUGCAGGGGGAGUGGGGCUCCACUCCCUCCAGAAGUAGCUGACAGCGCCACAGUUCCAACAGGGCUUACAGUUGUUGUGGAGAAGACCUCUUUGGGGGACUUUGGCCACAUUGCCGUCCGAGUGGAGGGGGUUCCGUACACAGGUCGCCCGUGUGUUCGCAGAGAUGUGCCGAUGGCUGGGCAUCUGCAAGACACAGACGACCUCCUUCACACUUCAGCCCUGUCCCUGCCCUGCCUGACAGCCCCCCUCCACCUGGACUCAACAGACCACCACCUGCUCGACAGACCAAACCGAUGCCAACGCAGACCCCCACGUCGUUUUUGGGACUUAGUUGGUCCCCUCAGGAACGAGGGACUUUAAGGCCCUGGGUUUGCUAUAACCACGUUCAUGUUCUGUGACCAGGGUCAAAGGUUCAAUCGCCACCAAUCAGAGGAUCGGCUUGCCGUGUGACUGGGACCCAGUUGCAACAUUGUUGUCACAAAUCAGGGGACAAGAUGUUGCAACAAUCAAGGGAUCGAGAGUGGGAAACUGCAUGCUUGGGAUUGGUGGCUGGUGCACGGGGGGCAUGUCCUGGACGCGGGGAUAAGUAGCAGGCUUCUGAGACAAACAGGCUGCUGCUGGAGUAAGAAGAACAUAGAGAAAGAUUGGAGAGAAUCAGCCAAGGAAGCGGGACUAAAAAACAGUCAAAGAAGACCAGUGACUGCACGUAGAUUCCUGUAGCACACGGCCAAAACAAUGUGCUUUGGAUUUUCUUUUCUUUUCUUGUAUUAUUUUGUCACAAGUAGCACUACGCUGCUCAGCUGUAGUUGUACCACUGGCUGAUAAAGCAGCACGUUUUACCUGUGUAGAAAUUUGCCAUGUCACCAUGAGCUACAUUGCCUAUAGACAGUCUACACCCCCUUUCAAAAUUUUCACAUUUUGUUCCCUUGUAGCCUGGAAUUAAAAAUGCAUUAAAAUAGUUUGUUUUUUCAUUUAUCUUCACAUCCUACCCCACAACUUCCAAGUGAAAAAAAUAUUCUAGAAAUUUGUAGAAAAUUAAUUAACCGUUUGCGGUCCUAUGUCGGACCUGGUCCGACAUCGCAAUUUUCCCUUUCCGGUCCAAUGUCAUCGACAUCAUCAAAAAGACGUAAAAAACAGGUCUCUAUUCGUGUUUUUCUUUAGAAAAAGCUGAGAAAACCAUUCAAUGGCCUAGUGAGACCGAUAGGAGCCGAGAGAAGCCGAAAAAAAGGGGCAUAUCUCAUGAAUACAGAUAGCCCCGACACCACAUAGAUAACACGGACAUGAACAAACAAGAUAGCUGCUUCUGCAUCCAGCGCUGAAAGAAUAUCACAGACAUUUGCAGAGCUUUUUUUAGAUGUUAUAGUAAUAAAAUAAUGACUUGGAUCACAUUAUUGAGGAGUUUGGUGAUAAAACAAGUGAUCAGGAGAUGAUUUAUCGGUAUGCACUACUAUGAAGAGGUAUGUGAAAAAAUAAAGUGAACAAGGGGUGGGGCAGGGCUGGAGAUGCAGUAUUGAGUGUCCUGUUGAUAUGCAGUGCCUUUUAAACCUGUUUUACUGUGAAAAAAAUACUUUUAAACAGCGCGUCUAAAAUAAACUGGACCUGACACGCUGAAUAAAUGGACCACUAAGUGUCCACCCCCCUUGUAAUAGCAAUCCUAAAUUAGCUCAGGUGUAACCAAUCGCCUUCAAAAUCACACACGAAGUUAAGUAGCCUCCAUCUGUGUUAAAUUGUAGUGAUUCACAUGAUUUCAGGAUAAAUUCAGCAGUUCCUGUAGGUUCCCUCUGCUGGGUAGUGCAUUUCAAAGCAAAGACUCAACAAUGAGCACCAAGGCACUUUCAAAAGAUCUCCAGGACAAAGUUGUUUAAAGGCACAGAUCAGGGGAUGGGUAUAUAAAAAUAUCAAAGGCCUUGAAUAUCCCUUGGAGCACGGUCAAGACGAUUAUUAAGAAGUGGAAGGUGUAUGGCCCCACCAAGACCCUGCCUAGAUCAGGCCGUCUCUCCAAACUGGAUGACCGAGCAAGAAGGAUACUGAUCAGAGAGGCUACCAAGAGGCCAAUGGCAACUUUGCAAGAGUUACAGGCUUUUAUGGCCAAGACUGGUCAAAGUGUGCAUGUGACAACAAUAUCCCAAGCACUCCACAAAUCUGGCCUGUAUAGUAGGGUGGCAAAAAGGAAGCCAUUACUCAAGAAAGCCCACCUUGAAUCACGUUUGAAGUAUGCAAAAAAAAACACUCAGGAGAUUCUUUAGCCAUGUGGCAAAAUGUUUUGUGGUCUGACGAAACUAAAAUGGAGCUUUUUGGCCUAAAUGCAAAGCAUUAUGUUUCGCGCAAACCCAACACAGCGCAUCACCCAAAGAACACCAUGGGGCACUUGUCAGGAUAGAAGGGAAAAUGCAUGGAGCAAAGUACAGAGAAGCUGAAACUGGGACGGAAGUUCACCUUUCAGCAUGACAACGACCCAAAGCACACAGCCAAAGCUACACUGGAGUGGCUAAGGAACAAAAAGGUAAAUGUCCUUGAAUGACCCAGUCAGAGCCCCGAUCUAAAUCCAAUCGAAAAUUUGUGGCAUGACUUGAAGAUUGCUGUCCAUAAACGCUCCUCAAGGAACUUGACAGAGCUGAACAGUUUUGUAAAGAAUGGUCAAAUAUUGCCAAAUCUAGGUGUGCAAAGUUGGUAGAGACCUAUCCCAACAGACUCACAGCUGUAAUUGCUGCCAAAGGUGCUUCCACCAAGUAUUAACUCAGGAGGGUGGAGACUUAUCCAAUUAUGUUUUGUAUUUUUAAUGUAUCAUUUUUUUCUCAAUAAAAACUUUUUCCCCCUUAACAGUGUAUGGUGGAGUAUGGUGUGUAGAUAAGUGGAAAAAAAUCCUCAUUUAAAUGCAUGAAACUCUGAGGCACUGACACAACAAAAUGUGAAAAAAGUUCAAGGGGGUGUAGACUUUCUAUAGGCACUGUAUAUACCGUAUUUAAUAUGAUAUGUUACUUGAUGUAAACAUUUAUUUAUAUUUUGUAGUUGUCCAAUGAAGACAUCAUUUAUUGAUCUAUUAUAAUCUGUAAGUUAUUAUGUUGCUUUUAAUUGCUGUUUGGAAAUUAUGCAUACGUUGGGAUUUGCCCUUACUAAUGUGUGUAUUAAUAGUACUUUUUUACGUAUUACUUAAAUUUUGGUAGUGUAUGUAGGCAUUAUUUUUAGCCAGUGGCAUGUUGAUGUAAAACAUAACAGUGUAAUCGUUUAGUAAAUUAUGUGUAUUCAAUUAUCAACAGGGAAAUGCCCAUCCCUACACUGCUCCCAAUCUAAGAUUGUGACUUGCUGUGUAGCUUGUCUGUCUGUCUGCCUUGUGGGUUGUUUUUUUCACUUUCUACAUUAUUGAACCAGAAAUUGUACUGCGACCUAUGUAAAAAAUAAUUGCAGUUCAAUUGCAUGAAAGUGCAGUCUAAAGGACUUUUCUCAUUGUGAAAGAAAGUUGUUGUCCCGCUUCAAAAGAGCUUUUCAAAAAGAGUAGAGCUUUAUACCUCAACAAUAACAACACAGGGAGGUUUAAGCUGUAUACUCUAAUGAUGCAAUUAAUAGAAUAAACUCAUUGGCAAUUGUCACUCAAAAAUAAUGUGACAAAAAGUUAAUAAAACAAUAUAUUUUUAAUUUACAGCUAUAUCUUUAAUUUGGUACAAAUUUUGACUUUAACUCAUGAAAUAAUCUUGAUCAGAGUCUUUCUCACUCCAAUUGACACACGACCAAAUGCAGUUUAUAAGUCACCCAAUGAAAAGAUAACUACAACCAUAGUCGUUUUUUGUAUAAUUCCAUUUUCCAAUGUUAUUUUGUCCUGCAUCAAAUGAAUAAAAAGUACUGUAGCUAAUUAUUUUGUUAGAAACUCUGCUGCUGUACCCUUUUGCAGAUUGUACCAAUGGAAUGCACUUUCACUGUAGUACAUUUAAAUGCAGUCAUUUUCUAUGUGGUGAGCUAAUCUUGUCUUGUUUGCUUUAAUAGGAUCAGUGACAGCUCUUGAGUUUAUUUUGUGUUUUGUUUUCUUCUCAGUUUUGAUCUCUAUGCUUCUUAAACAGCAGUGGUGAGGGUCAGUACAGUUAGCACUGCUUCUGGGGAGUUCCUGUGGCAGAGUCACAAAGGUGCCUGGACACAGGAACACCCCAGAAUCGGAUUCUGCACAGGAUUAUGCCUGUUUUUUGUUUUUUUUUAUAUAAUAACAAAUGUUUAGUUACUAAAAGAAAUCCUCCAGAGCCCAACUUUCUACCAUGGUCAGUUACCUUACCACCCAUUUCACUAAAUAUAUGUGUGUAGUAUAAUGUAAUUUGCUCCAAUUUGUAUUUUUAGACAGGUAGACCCUGUGCCAUGUUCCAAGGUGGAAUGGUCAAAUACUAACAAAAUGUGAAAUGCUAUAACUUAUGAUACAUCAUUGCUGUAUAAUAUAUAUGUUCCUGCAGACCACAACUUGCCAUUUUUGUUCAAUAUUGGUCAUGGUGGGUCCCUUAUUAGUAUGUCAUGGAUUAUUAUAAAUGUUCUUUGUAUUUAAUGUCUGUUCGCUAAGGUAAUAGCCUAGGUAUUUUAUUUUGCUUAAACUAUGUAGUUAAUUCCACAACAGACAAAAAGAUUUGGGCUAAUGCCUUUGUUGGUGUUCUGAUUUAUUUAUCAACACUGAUAAAUGCAUUUGCCAGAACGUUUCUAUACUUGAUUUUGUUGACCACCGUGUUUAUGGAUGCCCCCUAGUUCAACACUUUGUCUGGAAAACUUUUUGUACAAAGUUUUUGUACAAACUGAACCGAAAUGGUUGAAAAUUCCAUAAUAAAAUAAAAUUCAGCAAAUGCUUCGAAUACCAUCCAAAUGGCUCACUCUCUUCAGUUUUUGGCAUGGUUAUUGCCUCUGCUCUAUCACUAGUCAGAGCUACCCCACUUGUCGAUGUCCAUGCCACUCUGCUGUCCCCUGUGCUACGCUGUGCAACAGACAGCUUGUUAAUAAAAUGUAAUAAAAAUACUGUUGCUGGGGCAGUGAGGAGGGUCUGUGGUAUGGGUGCUGUAUUUGCUGAGUGAACAGCAAAGGUAAAUUAUCCUGGUUGGCUUAAAAAACUAUUGACUCUGUUGUGCUUUAGUCUGCUGGUUGUAUUGUAAGUGUGCCAAUUGCUUUUUAUUUAAGUACUCUGUUUUCUGUUUUGUCACCUGUGGCAACCAACUACAAAUGAAAACAAAAUGUAAACCAUUAAAUAUAUAUGAUGUAUAGAAAAGAAA